GCAAAAUCGGUGCCUGACGCCAAGGGUUGGGGUGUGCAAGGACAGAUCAUUACGCUUGCUUUAAACUUGAGUACAUAUUGUGUAUACUUUGAUUGUACUUUCAAUUUCUUCAAUCUUUAUUUUUAAAAUAUAACAUUGUGUAAGCCUAUAACACUUUAAGGUGUUCUCUGCUGUUCAAACAGAACGACAAGAAGAUGAUCGACACAUUGUCAGGACCAGAUGCCCUACCUUUUGCUGUACAGCUCAAGGCCCUUUUGGACCAGGAGGGACGAUUCCAGCCCAAACUAUGUGGCCUGAGAAUCAUUGAGACGGCCCAGGACAAUGGACUCCGAAUGACCACCAAGCUGAGGGAGUUUGAAGUGCGGGAUCUUCUCUCUCUGACCCGUUUCUUUGGAUUCAGUGCAGAAACAUUCUCUCUUGCCAUCAGUAUCCUGGAUAGAUUCCUUGCAGUGAUGAAGAUUCAACCCAAACACCUGGCCUGUGUGGGGCUGUGCUGUUUCUACAUCGCUGUUAAGUCCGCAGAGGAGGAGAAGAACGUCCCUCUGGCCAACGACCUGAUCCGCAUCAGCCAGAACCGCUUCACCGUGUCCGACAUGAUGCGCAUGGAGAAGAUUGUCCUGGAGAAGCUGCACUGGAAAGUGAAGGGACCUACCGCCCUUCACUUCCUGAGGCUCUUCUACUCUCGCAUCCAGCAGCAAGUGGAAGGAGACAGUAAAAAGGUCCUUGACAUUGAGGUGCUUGAAGCCCAGUUGAAAGCAUGUCACUGCUGUUUUGCCUUCUCCAAAGUUAAGCCAUCUCUGCUGGCCAUGGCCAUACUGGCUCUUGAGAUCCAGGAACAGCACGAGUAUGGUGACGCUGAAGGCCUUCUGGAGGCCCUGCAGGGGAUCCAGCAGCAUCUUGGUAUCAAAAAUGGUGACUUGGUGUGCGUGAGGGAGCUUGUGGGAAAGUGCCUUGUUGAGUAUUCUUCCACAAAGUGCCAAAGACCAAACGUCCAGAGACUUCGAUGGAUUAUUUCGGGCAGAACUGCCAGACAACUGAAGCACAGCUACUACAAGAUUGCCCACUUGCCAACAAUCCCCGAGUCUGCCUGUUGACAUGCAGUGGACAUGGUGUGGGCAAAUGCAUGCAAAACUGAAGUAGGCAAUUGAGCAGGCUUUUCUUUUGGAAGGAAUUAUAUAACGUGUUAUCUAACUACUUCAGUUUUGUCCUUUAGUUGCCCAGCACCUGCCCUCCCUCUCACUAAGUGCUUCUCCCAUAGCUGCUGAUGGAACUGUGCCAGCUCUGAUUGGUCACAAACAUGACUGGUCGCAGCUGGGUCCGUCCCAGAGACAGCUGUUGAGAUUUGACUUACUGAGAUGGUAUCUUGCAGAAAGUUAUUGGCUUUUUUGUUUAUCCUACCCCCCCCCCCCCCCCCCCCCCUCUAUUUGUUUUUGUUUUUCAUCUUGUUUUACUUACCGAUUUAUCUACGCUGACUGGAGCUGAUCUAGUUAUGGGUGGGUUUGAGGGCACCGGGCAGGAGCAGAGGGUAGCUCCCCUCCUGCCAGGCUGCCUGCGCCUAAUGUACAGUAUGUUCUCUCGCCUGAAUCAGUGCCUGAAGUGGCACCGGUUAUUGUUUAAAGCACUGAAGUAUCGAACCGCCUAGGUCCUCAGUCCACUAUGUGGAAGAGGAGGGAGAAGGGUUUUGUGAAAAUUCGUAAGACCACGGAACCAAGAAAUCAGGCCCAAAACCCUUAACUUCCACCCUAGGUUGCUGAACUGUCUUAAUGCACACUCCUACCCAAGGUGAUUUAAAAAAAUGGAAAGAAACUUAUUCUUUAUGUGAAAGUGUUUUUUUGUUUUUUUUUUGGCUUUGCCCACUGAGUGAAGUUGACUAUAACGUAUGUGUUUUUGUAUGUCGUGUGUGGGUUUUCUUUUUUUUUUAACUUUGAUGGAUCACGUACUUUAGUUAGUUGCAGGUACUAACCAAGGUUUUGGAAUUCAGAGUAUGAUUGGUAUUAUCAGGUGUUUCUGGAUUUACAAGUAAUAACAUGUUUGAAUGAAGGAAGAUUAACUAGAUUGAGUGAAUUAAAAGCAUUUUAAUGGAGUUUCCCCCAGAGAUCACUUAUGUCAGGAAAAAUACCUCCUUGACCCAUGUGAAUCUUCCAUUAGUGAGGAAAUUUGGCCUCAAACAUUCGUUACCAUCUAAAGGAACUUAAAGUGGACCUUUCAAUAAAGUGUUAUUGAAAUGGA